UAAUUUUCGAAUUGUUCUAAAUACAAACGAUUUUAUAAUUCGAAAAAAACUGUGUAGUAACUUAUAUUGCUUUAUUUCGAAGCAUAUUAUUUUUAUUUAGACAUAAAAUUAUUAAUAUUAUUUUGAAAAUUGCAAAAUGUCAGAAAUUGAAUCCAAGGCUGUUGUGCUUGAAGAGAAAAUACCUCGUCCACCCAACGCUUUUAUGAUAUUUGGACGUGAAUAUAGGAAGAAACUCCAUCAGGAGUUCCCUAAUUGCCCUAAUCAAGUAAUCAGCGUACGUUUAGGUAAGAUGUGGAGAGAUCUUACAAAAGAAAGAAAAGAAGAAUAUUAUAGAAAAGCCAAACUUGCUGAUAUCGAACACAAGAAAAAAUAUCCCGAUUAUGUUUACAAUCCAAAGGAGGCCAGAGCCAGAAAACAAUUGUAUAAAAGUAUGAAAAAAAGCGGAAGUGCAUUAAAAAAGACUCUUCAGACAAAGCAAAGUUUGAAAGUUUCGUCAGAAUAUUUAGAAUUUCAAGAACAAGAAAUUUCGAAAAAUGAUGAUGAAAAUCGUAAUAUAAAUAUUAAAAGACAAGUAUAUUAUAGUAUAGCUUUUGAUCCCGCUUGUGAUUCUUAUCCAGUUGUCACUCCUUACUAUGAUUUUAACGGAAUACCUCAUAUUCCAUCUUCAGAAAAUCAAGUAUAUUCGUUGGCAAGUACCGGUACAUUUAAUACAGAGGAUUACUCUCUUUCCACGUGUGACGCAUUUAAUAUAGAGAAUCGACAUUUGGACACUUUACCUCUCAACGCAUCUUACGAAACACUCGAACCAUCUUAUUACAUGAAUUCCUAUCUUCAGAAAUAUUCUGAAUGUGCUCAGGAAGAAAAGAAAAUGAAAUUCGAUAACGAAAUAGAAAAUGUUUCGGGAUAUACUUUAGAUGAUGCUAAUGAACACUUGAAAGAAAUCGGUGAUCUGUUAAAUGUAGCAAAUUUCACUGAAGUUGAAGAUAUGUCAAAGGCAACAUUAAUUCAACAGUCUGCUUUUAAAUGUGAUCCGGUACCCAACUCUGAAAUUUCAGAUUACACCAAACUGGAAAAACUCUAAAUUUUUACACUUUAUUUAUUCUUUUAUACAUUUAUCGAGUCUUUUACACUAGAUCUGGAAUAAAACAUAAAUUAUUAAUAAUAAUUAAAAA